CGUGGGCGGCGUAAAUGCAGACACCUUGACCGUCGCGCAGAGGUGACGUAGGACGCGGAAGGCGGUGAGGACGUGCGCGCCGUCGCUCCUUCCUCUUUCUCGACUCCAUCUUCGUGUCGCCGGCAGCCGGGUCCGCGCUCCAGUCGCCGACAUGCAGGUGUUCGUUCGCGCCCAGGAGCUCCACACCCUCGAGGUGACCGGCCAGGAGACGGUCGCCCAGAUCAAGGCGCAUGUGGCCUCGUUGGAGGGCAUCGCCCCGGAAGACCAGGUCGUGCUGCUGGCGGGCGCGCCGCUGGAGGACGAGGCGGUGCUGGGCCGGUGCGGCGUGGAGGCGCUGAGCACGCUGGAGGUGGCCGGCCGCGUGCUGGGAGGUAAAGUCCAUGGUUCUCUGGCCCGUGCUGGGAAAGUGAGAGGUCAGACUCCCAAGGUGGCCAAACAGGAGAAGAAGAAGAAGAAGACCGGCCGGGCCAAGAGGCGGAUGCAGUACAACCGUCGCUUUGUUAACGUCGUGCCCACCUUUGGAAAGAAGAAGGGCCCCAAUGCCAACUCUUAAACCCUUGUAAUCCGGCUUUCUCAAAUAAAGCCACUUGCUGCGUUCA